AUGGCAGAUCCGAUUGCAGAUACAGCAGAGUAUUUUGCAGAAAAAGAAUCAAGACAAAAACCUGGUCUACGUAUAUUUCCUUCACAGCAACAGCAACAACAUCACCAUUUAACGCCACAGGAUUUACUGUCACCUGAAUCACCAGAGAGUAGACGACCUAGUCAUUUCCAUCACCAAGCACGAAGCGAUUUCGAUCCCAAAUUACAAUGGCAAAAGGUAUUCAAACGAUUACCCAGUCGACGACAUAGUGGCAGACGCGAUAGCCAAGAUGGCAUCAAUGAAACCGACUCGGAAACGCAUGAUGACGAAUACGAAAUGAAUAACGCUGGACAUUACAUUCCACCUAAACCCGAAGACGAUGUCUUACCUUCUACAGAGGAUAUUAAAAAUGUAGAAAAUCCCGAACAAGAUAACUAUUUUGCAAACCCGUUUCAUGAGAGUUUGGACCAGCAACAAGAAGAAGAACAACAACAGCCACCAACACUCAACACAGAGGAGCCUGUGGCUUCCGCAGGAAGUGGUGUGACAAUGGCAACAAAUGAUACGGAUGAAGCAAAUACCACCACCGUCACCAGCGAUGAUCGUGCUAAGAAACAUUGGGGAAAGACAUUGGAUAAAGUCAAAUUGAUUGCGAACUUACAUUCAUUACCACAACACCAGCAUAGACCUAGUGAAGCUUCCUCGAUGGACUUGAAGACAAUACCACUUGCUCCUUAUUAUCCCCCUUUAUUUGAUCCAGUAUUUAUCGCCUUAUCAAAAGAUCAGCACGGGCAUGGAUGGGCACCUGUAUUACUGCCCUUUUUAAAGGUAGCGAUUACCGAUUCCGAAUUAUUAACACAAGGUAUUAAUCAAUGGGUGUUUCGUAUCGAGUUACAAUACGGCGAUAUCAAAUGGGUGAUCAACCGCACCAUUAAAGAAUUCGCAGGUCUACACAUCACACUGAAAUGGAAAUCCAAAGUAUCUGACGCAGUCCCACGACCACCCAGUUUCCCUAGUCAAUUAAAAAGCUGGGUCAGUUCUGCCAAAGGUACAAUCCGAACGGACGAUUUAGAAGCGAAUACGACGUCGGGUGAAAAAUAUCAGAUUGCAUUAAAACGACGAAAGGACCUGACAAAGUAUUUACGUAAAUUAUUGAUGAGAGCACACAUGAUGGCGAAUUACGAUAUCUGUGAAUUUCUCGAGAUUUCAGCUGUGAGUAUUGUAGAGGAUAUGGGUUGGAAAGGCAAAGAAGGCUUUUUGGAAAACAAGGUGAAUUUUGUGAUCCCGAGACUCUGUCAUGUAUUGAAACCCCAUUUAUGGAAUAAGCAAUGGGUCAUUUUAAGAGAUUCCUAUGUCGCCUUUAUCUCAGAUGUGGCUUCCACGCGUAUUAAUGAUGUGUUUAUGUUUGAUAAAAGUUUGGUUGUUCAGAACAAGACGCCCGGAUUAUUGGGAAAGUAUCAUAAUCAUAUCACACUGGCCAAUAAGUUUCGAAGGAUCGAAAUCAAAGGCGGAAGACGUGAAGUGGAGGAAUGGAUGAAGAGUAUACAGCGUGUGCUUGAUGACAGUCCAUGGGUUAAGAACCAUCGAUUUGGCUCAUUUGCUCCUAUUCGACAUAAUUCAAAGGUGCGAUGGUUUGUAGAUGGCGAAGAUCAUUUCAAUGCCAUUGGAGAAGCAAUUCUUUCCGCCAAAUCGGAAAUCUAUAUCGCUGAUUGGUGGUUAUCUCCUGAAUUGUAUUUACGGAGACCACCAGAAAAGAAUCCUGAAUUUCGAUUGGAUCGUUUAUUGAAACGAAAGGCAGAAGAAGGUGUCAAAAUCUAUGUGGUGGUGUAUAAGGAAAUGGCAGUUGCAUUAACGAUUAAUUCUGCCCAUACAAAACUGUGGUUACAAGAUUUGCAUAAAAACAUUAUUGUGGUGCGACAUCCUGAUCAUCGUUCUAUUGACAAUAACGUGCUUUUCUGGUCACAUCAUGAGAAAAUAGUCGUGGUGGAUAACCGUUUAGCUUUUCUGGGUGGUCUUGAUCUAUGUUGGGGUCGUUACGAUUCACAGUCUCAUAGAUUAACGGACUAUCCUGCAGAAGGACAUGCCCAUGAAAUAUUUCCAGGCCAAGACUAUUCUAAUCCUCGUGUGAAGGAUUUCCUAAGUGUGGCACAAUAUGAUUUAACUCUAGUCGAUCGGAACAUAACACCUCGAAUGCCUUGGCAUGAUAUGACGGUUGGCAUGGUUGGACCAGCUGCACGUGAUGUGGCUCGACACUUUAUCCAGCGCUGGAACUUUUUAAAGGCUUCCAAAGGCAUGCAUCGUCCUACCGUUCCAUUUUUGAUGCCUAAAGGAGAGUAUGUAGCUGCACGUGACGAAUCGUCUUUUAAAGGCACUUGUCGUGUACAAAUGUUGCGUAGUUCAGCACAAUGGAGUUCGGGUAUCGAGAGAGAACAUUCGAUUUAUAAUGCUUACAUGGAAUGUAUCACGAAAUCCAAGCACUAUAUCUACAUUGAAAACCAAUUCUUUAGCAAUGCUACGACCCAAGACAGGCUUUUGAGAAACAAGAUUGCUCAGGCCAUUGUUGAGCGUAUUAAACAAGCCCACGAGAAAAAGGAAAAGUACAAGGUGUUUAUUGUGAUACCUUUAAUUCCUGCUUUUGAAGGUGAUUUGGCUUCCAAAGAGGCUUCCGCUGCACGAAAUGUCAUGCACUUUCAAUAUAUCACCAUCUCAAGAGGAGGUAACUCCAUCAUGGAGAAAUUAAAAGAGGUAGGCAUCGAGCCUUCUGAUUAUAUCGGCUGGUAUAGUUUAAGAAAUUGGGAUAAAUUAGUACCACCCAAACCCCCAAAGACAUCAUCCGCCGGCACCAAAAAGACCCCCGUUACAAAGACAAAGUCUACCAACUCAACCUCCAAUAGCGGCACAAACGCAUCCAUGCCAGAGGGGAAAAAGGAAGCUCCACUUCAUACAUCUUCAUCAGAUGAAAGCCUAAGAGACCCAUUAUCACCCAUACCAACCACUGAUAUCUGGGAUGAUGAUGACCGUGAACAUUACGUCAGCGAAUUAGUGUACAUUCAUGACAAAAUUCUCAUAGUGGAUGACCGUUUUGUAUUAAUUGGAUCUGCCAAUAUCAAUGAUCGUUCACAAUUAGGAAAUCGAGACUCAGAAAUUGCCAUGUUAAUUGAAGAUACAGAUAUGGUUCCAUCAUUUAUGGAUGGCAAAGAGUAUAAGGCAGCUAAAUUUGCCCAUUCAUUGCGUAUGCAUUUAUUCAAGGAGCAUUUAGGUUUAUUGGACUUUACGAAUUGGGAACAAUUAAUGAAUGGACAGGCCGAGAUGCCUGUGAAUAUACCUUGUGGAUCAACACAUCAUGCCCAUCAAAGCGCAACAGAGGAAGAGAUCAAGACAUUCGAAUCAGCGGGACCUGAUAUGGUAUUAAAUCACCAAAAGAGAUCGGGCGCCAAUGCGAUUGAUUCUACAGAUUUUGGAACGAUGGCUGUUCGACUGGAUGCCAAAGCCUUGGAUCCAUUAGCAGACCAUUGCUGUCGAGACUUAUGGAAUAUGACAGCAGAGAAGAAUACAUUGAUUUAUAGAGAUUUAUUUAGAUGUGUACCAGAUGAUACGGUACAUACGUUUGAACAACACCGCAAGUUUUUACCUGAUCCCAGCAAGAUUCCUCAUGGUCAUGUAGCUAACCCUGAAUUGCAUGGUAGAGAUAUUCGAACUCGAUUAGGUAGAAUUCGUGGUCAUUUAGUGCAAUUUCCAUCCGACUAUUUAAAGGAUGAAAACAUGCUGGGUUCACUUAUACGUGAAACUGUCACACCCAUGGUUAUCUUUACUUGA